AUGGUCAAAAGCCUUAAAAAAGUCAACAAGUUUCAACCUAAUAGAAUAAAACUAACUAGCCCUGUAAAUAAUGUUCUAACCAAGAAAGAAACCCCAAGCAAAUCUAAACAACAAAUCGAUAAAGAAUAUUAUCAAAAGAAUAAAGAAAAGAAAAGGGCAGAAAGAAAAGAAAGAUACCAACAGCAAAAAAAGCAAACUAAAUCAACUGCUAAACAAGGGUUAGCAAAGUAUUAUAAAGCCGAAAAUAUUAGAGUGCUAAUAUCCUUAAAAGAAUACACCGAACUAAAUUCCGAAAAAAGAAAAAAAUGA